CUCCCCUUCGCAGCGAAACAACACUCAUUCUAUGAUCUCAACGGGCAUAAUACUAUGAGAGAAACCUAUGAGUUCCUCGAUCGGGGAUGAAGAACUAGUCGCUAUUAAGAACCCACCGAGUCAAGAAGGUCUCUUUCCUAGUGGUUUUUCUUCUGUUCGCGAACCGUCAACAUUUGAGGAGCAUUGAACCAACGGCCGUAUCGGGAUAACACGGCAGUAGCUGCUACGGAGCGAGCAAUGACCAGGUAGGCGCGGCCUGUAGUUGGGUCCUGCCAUGGUACUAUGCAGAGAGCACGGGUGAUGAAGGUGGCCCUUCUUCUGGUCUUCUGCUUUUACGGCAUACCUUCAGUGAAAGCCAAUUCUCCACCAAAGUUUGCCCUAGACGGGGCAGGCGAGAUAGUGGUCAAAGUCCGAGAGGGGCCGGACAGCAUAGGUAAGCUUUUGUACAGGUUACGUGGCGAAGAUGCUGACGGCGAUCGCCUCACUUUUGGUGUCGUCGGACCCGUGGGCCAGGAAAUACUGCGCUUCGAACGGCUUGGAGCUACCGAGGCCAAUGUCUAUCUCAAUAAAGAGCUGGACAGAGAGAUGGCUGAUUCAUAUUCCUUGGUGCUCACACUUACAGAUGGAAGACUGGGAGACGGACAGUUUAUCAGACAUUCCAUGCUUAUUAUAGUUGAAGAUGUAAAUGAUAAUGAGCCAGUAUUUAAGUCUUUCAGAUCAACGAUUAAUGUGAGAGAGGACUCUCCACCUAAAAUUUUAGAAACAGUUGAAGCAAUAGAUAGUGAUGCUGGACCUUUUGGACAAGUCAUCUACCAACUUGGUAAUGUUGAUAAAGACACAUCCGAAAUAUUUUCUGUACAAACAUCUCAAGGUAAAGGAGUCAUAAGUUUGACUGGAUCACUUGAUUAUGAGAGGAAAAGCCUCUACCAGCUUCGAGUUCUGGCUAUUGACAGAGCAAAUACUGGUCGGCGUAAUACAGCAACAGCAGCUAUUGUCAUAAAAGUGGAAGAUGUCGAAGAUCAGCCUCCAGUAUUUAUUUCAGUUCCAUCUGUGACCAGAAUACCUGAAGAUUUGCCAAUUAAUUCUGCAGUACUUUCAGUCAAAGCAGUGGAUGGUGAUAGAGGUGUAAAUAAUGCUAUUACCUAUCGCAUCUCAAAAGGAUCAAGAGGCUUAUUUUCCAUUGAUCGCACAAGUGGUUUAGUCAUAGUUAGUGGAAAACUUGAUCGGGAAAACACUGACAACAGAAAUGGAGCAUUCAUCUUAGAAAUAGAGGCUCAAGAAGUUGCUCUUGGAGUGUACCCAUCUCCUAGCGUUACUACUGAAGUCACUAUAAUUGUAACAGAUGUUAAUGAUGAAACACCUACAUUUUUAAGCCGCCAGUAUAUUGCAGAAAUUAAUGAAAAUGCUGAAGUGAAUGUCCCAGUGAAUUUGUUGGGCUCAAGUAUUGCAGAAGUGUUUGAUCAUGAUCAGGGAAACAAUGGAACAUUUAAGAUCUUCUUGGAAGGUGAUGAUUCAGUUUUUGAUGUUACUCCAUCAGAGGGUGUAAACGAAGCCUCUUUUCUCAUUCGUGUGAAAAAUUCUGUGGCUUUAGAUUAUGAAAGGAUACAAGAAUUUAAUUUCAGAAUUGUUGCUCAAGAAACUGUUCCAAUUAUGCCAAAAUCUAGCACAGCUGAUGUCACUGUAUAUGUACGUGAUGUUAAUGACAAUUUCCCUGAAUUUUCUGAGGAUGUAUAUCGAGUGUCAGUUCCAGAAAAUGCUGCAGCUGGAACUAUUCUCACAACAAUUAGGGCACAUGAUAGAGAUUCUGGUGAUUUUGGUACAAAAGGAAUUCGAUUUACAGAUCUCAGAGGUCAAAUUGCUGAUAAGCUUCAUUUAGAUCCGGUUUCUGGUGUUAUUUCAAUUAAAAGUGCUGAUCAUGGUAUGGACCGGGAAACUACGUCCCAAUAUUUUGUAACAGUUGAAGCUAGAGACAGUAAUGGUCUGGGUAAUAGAAAUACUGUGCAGUUAGUGAUAUCUGUUGAUGAUGUAAAUGACAACACACCACGAUUCCUCCAACAGAAGUAUGAAGCGAGACUCAAUGAAAAUGAGGAUAAUUUUCUCACCCCUCUUAUUGUGCAGGCUCAAGAUGAUGAUUUGAGAGGAUCGUCCAAUAGUCAAGUCAGAUAUCAAAUAGUUGAUGGAGAUCGAAACAAAAAUUUUACCAUUAAUCAACUAACAGGGGAAAUCAGGCCUAGAACUGUGGUAGAUUUUGAAAAAAUGUCUGAUGAAAAAGGUGAUAUUAGAACAUUCCGACUUAAAGUCAGAGCUUAUGACCUUGGAACACCAUCCCUUUACAGUGAUGUUCCAGUCAUUAUUUAUGUUCAGGAUGUGAAUGAUUUUCCACCAGUAUUUAUGCAGCCAUAUUAUAGUAAAUCUAUUCCAGAAGAUAUCGAACCUGGUACAUCAGUGGUACAAGUAAAGGCAUUAGAUGGUGAUCACUCAUCUUCUAAUAGUCAAGUUGUUUAUAGAAUUCAAUCUGGUGCUCAAGAUAAAUUUGUAAUUGAUGCCAAUACUGGUGUUAUCAGUGUUGCCCGAGGAGCAAAUUUAGACCCAGACAGAACUAUACCUAAAUCUAACUACUACUUAUUAGAUGUUGUAGCUUUAGAUGGAGGAAUAGGCAUUGAACAGCAGCAAAACAGAGUUCCAGUUAAUAUAUCCAUCAUGGAUGUAAAUAACAAAGCACCAAAAUUUGUGGAUCCCAAACCAGCAACAAUAUCUGAAAGUGCACCAGUUGGUACAGUUGUCACCAAAGUGUAUGCCACUGAUGCUGAUGAGCGACCUGUCUUGAGGUUUUCUGUUGACUACAGAAACAGUGAAGGACGGACAGAAGAGGGAGCUUUAGUUUCACCAACAGAAUAUGAUUAUAAUAACAUUUUUUCUAUCAAUGCCAUGGAUGGUACAAUUGCUGUUGGUAAAGCUCUUGACCGUGAAAAAUUGGAAAUCAUGCGCCUUGUUAUUAAAGUGGAAGAUUUAGCAGCUGCUACAAAAGGCCAAACAGCUACAGCAACAUUGACUGUUAAAAUCGAAGAUGUGAAUGACAACAGACCACGAUUCCAGAAGCGAUACUAUAGACAGGCUGUCACUGAGAAUACAAAACCUGGCUCUCCCAUAGUUACAGUAGUAGCUGAAGAUGCUGACAAAAAUAGAUCACUCACUUAUUCACUUCAAGGAAACUCUGACAUCAUUGGUCUUGUAGGAAUGGAUAAAAAGUCAGAAUCUACUGGCUUGCUGUGGCUUCAUCCAGUAACAGGUGAAGUGAGUGUCAGCAACAAAAUUGAUAGAGAAAUGUUCUCAUGGUUAAAUGUUACAGUCAUUGCCACUGAUAAUGGUAUUCCCCCACUUUCUGGUGCUGCAGAUAUAUUUAUACAAGUUUUAGAUGAGAAUGACAAUAAUCCAGUUUUCAUUACCAGUUCUUCAGAUUUUUCAAUAGCAGAAGAUGUUGUUGUUGGAACUGAAGUUGCAUUAGUUCAAGCUACGGAUGCAGAUGUUGGAGAAUAUGGCAAAAUUACAUAUCUAUUAGAUACUUCUUCCACUCAAGGUCGAUUCAGAAUCAAUAAAGAAACAGGUUCCAUCACUGUAGCUUCUCCUUUAGAUCGUGAAGAAAAGGAUUCUUACACACUUGUUGUUCAAGCUUGGGAUAAUUAUGACUAUGGAUUUUCUACUGGUGAAAGCAGGAAAGCGUUUAAACAAAUAACAGUUAAAGUCACAGAUGUGAAUGACGAGGCUCCAAUUUUUAUUAAGCAAGAAGUGUGUGCAACUGUAACUGAAUUCCAUAGAAUUAAAGACACUAUAUUCAUGGUAUCUGCCAGUGAUGCUGAUGAUCCAUUAACACCAAAUGGAAAACUCCAAUUCUCAAUUGUUGGUGGAAAUGAUGAAGGAUUAUUUGGCAUUGAAAAUCAAGAUUCAAACACAGCCAGAGUUGUUUCUAGAUACUCCCUAAGGGGAAGAUUUGGAAAUUACAGCCUUGUUUUGCAAGCUGAAGACAUGGGCAAUCCUCCUUUGCAAACAACUUCUCGUUUUCAAGUGUGUGUGACAGAUGUAAAUGAUAACAGCCCCGUUUUUGUGAAACCACCUCAAAAUUAUACAAUCAGAGUUCUUGAGAAUGCUACUCUUGGUAGCAGUGUUGUGGAAGUGAAUGCUCAAGAUGCAGAUAUUGGUUUAAAUGGUGAAGUUAGAUACCGAUUCAAGAAGCUUGCAAAUAAUCACUGGAAGGCCUUCAAUAUCCAUGAAAUCACAGGAGUCAUCACUGUUCGAGAACCUUUAGAUAGGGAAAGGCAAAAAGUAUAUGAGGUUCGUGUUGAAGCUUACGAUCUUGGACAGCCUACAUCACUAUCUACUGAUUUAGAUUUAACUAUAUACAUAGUAAAUGUUGAUGACAAUGCCCCUGAAUUUACAGAAGAUGAUUAUGAAGUGAUUUUUACUGAAAAUCUGGAGGCUGGAAAAGAGAGUUUUAAACUAAUAGCAACUGUUGAUAAAGACGAUGAUACUGGAUCUAGAAAGCCCAUACCUUGUUACUUUAUUGUGGGAGGGAAUAAUCUCGGCCGUUUUAAAUUGGAUAUAUUUACUCACCAAUUAUAUGCAACUGAAGUAUUAGAUAGAGAAGAGAAGCAAAAUUACACUCUCAUUGUCCAAGCUUCUGAUGAUUGCUUUCAUCAACCUUCUCCAAUCAAUUAUUUUGAUCCAAGAGACAAUUCAUUGCUGCAGGUUCAUAUAGGAGUCAGAGAUAUCAAUGAUAAUCCUCCUCGAUUUAUCAAAAGAGUUUUCACUGGUGGAAUUACAUCUGAAACAGAUUUUGGAACAGCUUUCAUGAUUGUGAAGGCAAUUGACCGUGAUGCUGGGAAGAACGCUCUUGUGUCAUAUUACAUUGCUGGCAGUGUACAGAUGACUUUAUCAGAAGGAUUGGAAUCUUUGAAAGCCGCACCAUUCAUUGUGAAUAAAGACACUGGUGUCAUCAGUUUGAACUUUGAUCCACAGAAAGGAAUGAAAGGAUAUUUCGAUUUUGAAGUCAUUGCUAAUGACACAGAUGGCCUUUUUGAUACUGCUAGAGUUUUUAUAUAUUUACUGAGAGAGGAUCAAAGAGUUCGCUUUGUGCUCAGGCUCACACCUGAAGAAAUAAGAGAAAAAUUGGAAAAGUUCAGAGAAGUUCUGAGUAAUAUCACUGGAGCAAUUGUUAAUGUUGAUGAAACAAAAUAUCAUGAAAACAGAGAUGGCUCAGUGGAUAAGAAAAAGAGUGACUUGUAUCUGCAUUUUGUAAACAGAGAAGAUAACUCAAUCAUGGAGGUUGCCACAGUUUUGUCGUUGAUCGACAAAAACAUAGAAUUCUUAGAUGAGUUAUUUAAAGAAUUUAAUGUCUUAUAUAGUGAGCCUGCUGAUACAACUAUUGCUGAUACCAAUAUGGAAGCCCAAGUGAGAGCUUGGUUGAUUGGCUUGUCUAUUUUCCUGGCCAUCAUGCUUGUUUUAGUCAUCUCUCUCUGUUUCACCCAAAGAAGCAGAUAUGAAAGAAAAUUAAAAGCUGCUACAGCAACAGCUUUUGGCUCUCAAGACUCUGCUUUAAAUAGAAUGGAUGUACCAAAUACUAAUCAGCAUUCUGUUGAAGGAUCAAAUCCAAUAUGGAUGCACUCUUAUGACAAUGAAUGGUACAAAGAAGAUGAACAAAUAAGCCAUAAUUCUGCUGACAAUAAUUCCUUGGAUGAGAAUGCUAUUUCAGAAAUAAGCCCAUCAAGUGAACAUACAAAAUCUGUACCAGGAAUUCGUAAGGAUCAACUAUCUCCGGUACGGCAUCACCCUGAAAACAAUUAUGUGCAGCAUGUCAAAAAUGGCAUGCGAGGUCCAGCACCACGCCGUCCAAAUUAUGGUGGCAACAACAUACCACCAGCCAAGCUAAUUGCUCCAAUGAAUACUAACAAUAAGCCACUAAAAAAUGGCAACCAUGUCAUGGAUUCUGACGAUGCAAGCUCUGGACUUUUGUCUCAUGACUCUAUUGACACCAAACGACAAAAUGACUUAAACAAGUGCAAUGCAGUGUACAGCUAUGAGCAAAUUCCAAAGCUGAUCACACCGCCACAUAUAACAAACUUGGAAACAUCAGAACUUUGAGUGUGUCUCUUGUGCAAAACUCAUCCUGUUUGUGUCACAAACUUUUUGGCAUCAUUCAUUUAGCUGAACAUUGUCUUGGAUAUCAUUCAAGAUUAGAUGGAUUAGUAGUUUUUGCAUUAUGAAAGUCCACUGGUGUUUUCUAUUUAUCAUGUGUUCUGUGCCUGUGUAUUGGAAAGCAUGGAACAUGUUUUAUGUGCCUCUUUAAAGCAUCAUCCUGUCAUCUGUCAUUUCAUACUUUUUCUAUUCCAUGUACAGUAAUUUAAUGUCAGCAAAUAUUUUGAUGAGUUCAGCUUUUAUUUGUAGUAUCAAAUAUUAGAAUUAAUGUAGAUGACUUUUGUUAAACACUUAUUUGGCAAGUUUUUACUUUUCCUGUAAUUUUUAGUAGAAAUAGUUUAAAACUCUCUUGUAAUUUUGUAAAAUUUUCUAUAUUAGUUUGGAAUGAAAAUCUGAUAUUAAAUCAGAAUUUAUACAUCAAAUUAAUCUAUACUGCUCAAUUCUUUUGCAAAUGCAGUUUUGUUGAUUGAUAUGAGUAAAUAUAAAAUAUAUUUAAAAAUCUAAUUCAAGUCAAAUUAGAGUAAAUUAUUUUAUUUAGCAUUCUGAAGUGCAAAAAUAUAUCUCAUAAAUAUACAUUAUUGAUUGCCAAAUCCAAAUUAAUUAAUUGUAUUCAUUUCCAGAAUUUUUUUGUAUGACUUUUAUGCCUGUACUUCAUACUCUUUAGAAAGAAAUUGCUCUUUUUAUCUAUCUUUUUAUGAAGAAUAGUAUUAUAUUAAGAAAACAUCAGUAUUAUAUCAAGUAUUUUUCUUUGGGUCAAUUUCUAACAUUAAUUUUAACUGCUAUUAGAUUUUAAAUAAAUGAAUCAGGAAUGAUAAAUAUGCACUAUUUAUAAAUUUCAAUUCCUGUCAUCUUGCUUUGACUUAAAAUUUGUUAAAUUUUAAUUAUUAUUAUUUUUUUAAUUUUAUUAUUGAAUGCUGAUAUUUUCACUCUUUUAAUCUAAAUUCCCCUUAUCUUUUCAUUUUUAUAGAAAUUAAUGUAUAUAUUUAUACAUUAAUUAAAGAAUUAGAAAUUAAUACAUAAAUAUUAAGAUGUUUUCUUAUCAUAUUUUAAUUCUUAAAUUAAUAUUAAAAUUUAAAUAAUAGCUAAAUUUCAUUUAAUGAUAAUUGAUCUGUCAAUGCCAUGGAACAAAAGGAUAUUUUAGCAAAACAGCUUCAGAGUUCAUUGUGAAAAUUUAUUGAUAAAGCCAUUCCAGCGACUUGUAGGGGGUUUUCAUCUUUAUUACUCUUUCUUAUGGUAUAAACAUUUUAAUAAAUGCAGUUGUAACAUUCUUUGUAUUAAUCUAUUUCAUAUAAUGUAUUUAACUUUAAAAAAAAGUACUGUGUAUAUUUUAUUAUAUCUAUAUGAUACAUAUAUUCAUAAGUAUCAAUGCAGUUAUUUAAUAUACUGGUUGUUUUAAAUAUUGUUCUAAAAAAGCCGAUUUUUUUUUUUACGAAUUGCUGUUUUAUAAAUGAAAUAAACACUCCUUGUAA